AUGCAACAACCUUUGGCUAAGUGCCGGGUGGUCGAGCAAUUGUCAGUCCGGCGAGUCAAGUUCGGCGGACGUAACGACACGGGACGCAUAACAACUCGGCACCGGGGUGGAGGCCACGUGCAGCGGCUCAGGCUCAUUGACUUCAAAAGACAGCGCAAGGAUGUGCCAGCGACCGUUUUAAGGAUUGAGUAUGACCCUACUCGUAGUGCGCACGUUGCGCUGCUGCAGUAUGUCGAUGGAGUGCUGAGUUACAUACUCUGCCCCGCCGGCGUCAGACCAGGCAAUAUUCUGGUGGCCAGCGCAUCAGCACCCAUUGAACCCGGCAACUGUAUGCCACUUCGCAAUAUACCGGUUAAAUCGAUUGUGCACAAUCUGGAGUUGAGGCCCGGUGCAGGGGGUCAAAUCGCAAGGGCGGGAGGCACAUAUGUCACAGUUGUUGAAAAAGAUGACAUGUUCGCCACAAUAAGGAUGGCUUCGACGGAGCUUCGUCGAUUUCCCCUAGACUGCUGGGCAACCUUAGGCCAGGUCUCCAACAUCGAGCAUGCUAAGCGGGUGCUCAAAAAGGCCGGAACCAGAAGGAAUCUAGGGUGGCGACCGUCCGUGAGGGGUAUUGCGAUGAACCCUAACGCACAUCCGCAUGGCGGAGGAACAAGCAAAAGUGGAACAAAGCGACCUAGAUGUUCCAUAUGGGGAAUUAAUCGGUCAGGAUUUAAAACGAGGAGCAAACAGAAGCCGCUCGGUUUCAUCAUGAAGCGUAAGCUUUGCGGUCGGCUUAUGAAAAAGUACGGUAUAUCAAAAAAUGCAUAG